GUGUGGUCCAAAUGCGUUUCCUGCGACUGCACAGCCGCCGGGUGGAGCAGAGGGUGACCUUCUCCUGCCCACCUGGGCACAGGCUAGGCCAGACUCGUCGGGAGGCCAAGUUCAUGACAGACGUGUCCAAACAGAGCUACCUAGCAACUAUACAAGACUGUGUGCCUGCUAUGGAAGUGGACUCUUCCCCACGCGAGUCUGUGCUGCAGUUUGAGGACCUGGACCUCCUUCCUCUCCGAGACGUGGCUGUGUCCUCACACAGUGGGGACCUCACGCAGCAGUUUGGCUUCACCAUCGGCCCUGUGUGCUUCAGCUAGAGACCACCUGACUGUCAGCUGGGGAGGGGGAUCUGUGUGACAUCUCCCCACCUCCAUUCUGCUCAGACACGAAAGACAGGAGCUGGAGGGAAGACAAAGAUGGAGAGGAGAGCGAGGAUGCCCUCUAUGCCCUCUGUCUCCCAAGUGGACUAGCCCUCAUGGCUGCUUCCUGAUGUCAACCCACAGUGGGGGAAUACAUCUGUAAGCCUUUGGAUGCAAGCUCAUCCUGUAUAGAGCAUUGUUUUUUGUUUUGUUUUGUUGUGGUCAGUUUUUUGUUUACAGACACUUUUAAUACUUCAAUGAAUAAUUUAUAUAUUUUGAUUUAGUUUGUUAUUCCCAUUUCAUUUUCUUUCUCAAUACCUUGUUUAUUAGUAGCAAUAUGUAUGCUACAGACUUUCUCUUUCCCCCCAGAUGAUCUCAUGGGAAGCUAUACUGGAAGUAAACCAGACGCUUUGGAGCAAAACAAAAGACAGAAGUCCACCGUUUCAGCGAUGUGUUUUAUUAGAAUACAGCCAGAAUCCCAUACCAAGGAAGAGUGAUCAGUCUAGUUCUGUGUUAAAUUAUUCAUGACAUUGGGCU